AUGACUGCAGUUCCGGCCGACUGUGCGUUGUAUACCACAUGCAUUGCUAGCGAGUUUGUGAAACAGCUGUUUGAUUGCAAUGUAGCUGGAAACGCACAGUCAAUCUCGCCUCCCUUGACGAUUGAUGUGCCAACCAUGCUUGCUUGUCAGCAUCUGGCCUGGGUGCUUGCCAAUGCCUAUUCAAACCCAAUCCAACUUGACCUUGAUAUGAUUAGGUACAAUGAGGCCCUCCAUAAAUGCUCUACAGGGAUGGUUGCAACACAUGAAGAUUCCCUGCUGAAAAAAUUUCCUCGUGGGCCAGAAUGUUUGCUGGAGAAGCCCUCGGUCAUUUUGGACUCGGCCGGUCAUAUUAUCUUGUGGUACCUUCCAGAUGCCAUUAGCCUGUGGAUUCAAGCCAAGAUGGAAGACACUACAAUUGUGGUCUGGACACCCAGUGGAGAACAUUCCCCUGGUAAUUUUCAUGCCAGCGACCGAUGCCAAUUGACCCCAGGAUGUAUCAAUUUAGCCCCUUGUUGGUUCAUGCAAGGCCGGGAGGCCGAUGGAUUCACCCCCAAGGUGUCGGCCGCCCUGAAAGGGAAAGGUGGUCCCGAGAUUAUAAUCUCUAUGCAGCACGCAGCACUACUGGCCUCGGCUGCUCUUAGGGUGAUGCAUCCAAAGUUGUAUUGGGCGUUGGUCACUACACAUAUCAAACUUGCCCGAUGGGCAGUGGAACAUGGCCUCAGUGAUAUGAGCACUUGCCUGCAAUUUUGGGCCUCGGUGUUUAAUUGUGCAGCUGUAAUUUGCAACAGACAAUGUCCUCUUCACCGAGAUCCAAGUUCUACUCCCGAAGGGUUUGAUGUCAUGAGCAGUGUUGGCCAUUAUUGUAAUGGGCUCAUGACAUUAUCUAACCUCAGUAUUCGGUUGCAAUAUAACUCGGGCGCUAUGGUCGGCUGCUCUGGCCACUUUGUCAGGCAUGGUGUCACAUACACCGGCGAUCACAUUGUGUGGGCUUGGUUCAUACGUGACAGCCUUCAGAAUUUUGUGGGGACACCUCGGCCAUCGUACGCAACUUACAUGGGUGUAGACUAA